AUGCCUCCCUCGCACUAUGCGCCGCCCUCGAUGACGCAGAACGGCGCCCCAGCAGCCCAACUUCGUCCUCCACGCGACUCCCUCGAACUGGCCAGCCUCGCCAGCUCCAACGACAACGAUGCCCGCGACUCCCUAGACUCGUCCGUCUCCGGCGUGCCCUCGUCGAGGAAACUCUCCUUCAGCGACCCGGCUCCGAGCCGCCCGACGCGUGGUGGAAGGUCUUACUCGGUCUCCAGUGCAUUCGACUUCAACAGCUCCCUCUUCCCUCUCUCCUCCUCUGGCCCCGGAUAUACCUCCUUGGGCACGCCAGGCACUCCCAACUUCGAUUCAGGUGCUCAGAGCUUGGAACGGAACAAGAGCUUGACAUAUCUGAAUGGGCUGUCGCUGGUCGUGGGUUUGAUCAUUGGCAGCGGCAUCUUCUCUUCCCCCGCCAGCGUCAACAGCAAUGCAGGCUCUCCAGGUGCGGCGUUGAUCGUAUGGAUUGUGUCAGGAAUGCUGGCAUGGACAGGUGCUGCAAGCUACGCAGAACUGGGUGGUGCUAUACCCCUUAAUGGCGGCGCACAAGUCUACCUCUCAAAGAUCUUCGGACAAUGGGCUGGCUUCCUUUUCACCUGGUGCACCGUUGUGGUACUGAAGCCAGGUUCUGCCGCCAUCAUAGCCAUCAUAUUUGGAGAAUACCUGGUCCGGGCUGUUAUUGGAGCUGAUGCGGUGGACGCCAGCCCGUGGAUCAACAAAGGCGUGGCCCUGCUUGGAUUGAUUGCCGUCACAGCCCUCAACUGUGUCUCGACGAAGCUCGGCACACGCAGCGCCGACGUGUUCAUGUUCUUCAAAUUCGCAGCCCUACUAGCCAUCACCAUCGCCGGAAUCAUCGUGGCCAUCACUGGGGCGGCAUACAACAAGGAAGCUCUGUCUACAGCUUGGAAAACCACCAACUGGUUCGAAGGCACGUCCAUGUCAUCUUCCCAGUGGGCUGUGGCUUUGUAUGCUGGUCUAUGGGCGUACGAUGGAUGGGACAACACGAACUUCGUUGUCGGAGAGAUGAAAAACCCCAGCCGCGACCUGCCCAAAGUCAUUCACACGGCACUACCCGUCGUGAUCGUCGCCUAUAUCCUGGCGAACCUGUCCUACUUCUUCGUCUUGCCGCCAGAGACCAUCAACACCUCAAACACCGUCGCAGUCGCGUUUGGCAGCAUCGUUCUCGGACCCAUCGGCUCGCUUCUUCUAGCUCUCGCUGUGUCAGGAUCUUGCUUUGGUGGUCUGAACGCUACCACUUUCACGGCCGGUCGCCUUGUCUACAGCGCGGGCAAAGAAGGGUACCUGCCAGAGAUCUUUGGUACGGUCGGCUUUUCAGACUCAUCACAACGCAUGCGACUACCUCGGCGAGGCCAGAAAGCUAGACGAUUUGCAGGCUUCAUCGCCGACGAGCAAGGCUUCUUCUACACGCCAAUCUACGCCAUGGCAUUGAACGCUGCACUCACAACCAUAUACAUCAUCAUUGGAGACUUUACGACUUUGACGACGUUUUACGGCGUCGCCUCGUACUUGUUUUACUUCGCGCCAGUGGUGGGGCUGAUCGUAUUGAGAGUGAAAGAGCCCGAGCUGGAGCGACCGUACAAGUGUUGGCUUAUCACGCCAAUCAUCUUCUGCUGCGUCAGUCUUUUCUUACUGAGCAGGGCAAUAUUCGCGAAGCCAUUCCAAGCGUUGAUCGUGUUCGCCUUCAUCGCCGUGGGCUUCCCGUUGUUUUGGUGGCGAGUUGGGAGCCGAGGACGAAGCGGAAGAAAGAGCGAGCAGGGCGAAGGGUGGUGGAAGUUUUGGAAGAGAUGGGGCAGGCGGUAG